AUGAAGACAGGGCCAAUUCAAGUAGUUGAAGCCGCCGGCAAGGUGUCAAAAGAGUCAAGCUCGAGGCGAAGUGUGAGCCGAGGGCUGUCCAUACUAGACUUCAUUCUGAGAGUGCUUGCAGCCGUUGGAACCCUAACAAGUGCCAUUGCCAUGGGAACCACUAAACAAACACUUCCAUUUGUCACUCGCUUCGUUCGAUUCAAGGCCGUCUAUAAAGACCUUCCCACAUUUACGGUUUUUGUGAUUGCGAAUUCUAUUGCUUGCGGUUAUCUUGUUCUCUCGCUCACUGUCUCUUUCUUACACAUCGUCAAGUAUAAAGCAAUAAACAGUAGAAUCGUCUUGAUCGUAUUCGACUUGGUAGUGAUGGGUGUAUUAACGGGUGGAGCCUCAGCUGCGGCAGCUAUGGUGAACUUAGCACACGAUGGGAACACAAUCGCUAACUGGUUUCCAAUUUGUACACAAUUUAAUAGCUUCUGUCAACGCAUUUCCGGUUCUCUCAUUGGCUCUUUCCUUGCUAUAAUUCUCUUCAUGCUACUAAUCAUUUUAUCUUCACUUGUCAUCUCUCGACGUUAAUUUUUCAUUACAUCUCUCUGUCUGUUACGUUACUUUUUUACUUUAUGGCCAAAAAUAAGAUUGAAAAAAGAGAGAGUUUAAUGUAAGUUGUCAGUGUAAAUUUAUUGUACUCUGCUGGAGUACUUGUUCUUUUUCAACGAUGGGAAAGGUCUUUGCUUAUUAUAUGUAACAUGAAUUAAGUUCAUUCUAAAUUUCAA